CCCCGUAGCGAGGCCAGGGUGCACGCGCAGCGGCGGUUGGCGGGCGGCGCUGAGGGGAAGAGGGGGCCGGAGCCGCCGUUGCGCAGCUCGGGAGGGAAGCGGAGCCCGUGACCUUCCGCUGCUGCCGCCGCCUGGGCCUGAGGGAGCCGGGCCCGGCCCGGACGCUGCCUGGAGCCGCCGCCAUGAACAACGUGGGAGGCGCCGACGAGAUCGGAAAGUUGUUUGUGGGUGGCCUAGACUGGAGUACAACACAAGAAACUCUCCGUAGCUACUUUUCCCAAUAUGGAGAAGUUGUAGACUGCGUAAUAAUGAAAGAUAAAACAACAAACCAAUCUCGAGGGUUUGGAUUUGUCAAAUUUAAAGAUCCCAACUGCGUGGGAACAGUACUGGCCAGCAGACCACAUACAUUAGAUGGCCGAAAUAUUGAUCCAAAGCCAUGUACACCUCGGGGAAUGCAACCAGAAAGAACACGGCCAAAGGAGGGAUGGCAGAAAGGACCCAGAAGUGAUAACAGUAAAUCAAAUAAAAUUUUUGUUGGUGGGAUCCCUCACAACUGUGGCGAGACUGAGCUCAGGGAAUACUUCAAGAAAUUCGGAGUGGUCACUGAAGUUGUAAUGAUCUAUGAUGCAGAGAAACAGAGGCCCCGAGGUUUUGGAUUUAUUACUUUCGAGGACGAACAAUCAGUGGACCAGGCUGUCAACAUGCAUUUUCACGACAUCAUGGGCAAAAAAGUGGAGGUAAAACGUGCAGAACCUCGUGAUAGCAAAAGCCAAACCCCAGGGCCACCAGGUGCCAGCCAGUGGGGAAGCCGGAUCAUGCCAAGUGCUGCCAAUGGCUGGGCAGGUCAGCCCCCUCCUACCUGGCAACAAGGAUACAGCCCUCAAGGAAUGUGGGUACCAGCUGGACAGGCAAUUGGUGGGUAUGGACCGCCUCCUCCAGGAAGAGGAGCCCCCCCUCCUCCACCACCUUUUACCUCAUACAUAGUUUCUACGCCUCCUGGAGGAUUCCCACCUCCACAAGGGUUUCCACAGGGCUAUGGCACCCCUCCACCGUUUAGUUUUGGAUAUGGUGCUCCACCUCCUCCACCUGACCAGUUUGCCCCUCCUGGAGUACCCCCUCCACCUGCCACUCCUGGGGCAACACCACUAGCUUUCCCACCGCCACCACCACCAUCUCAGGCAACUCAGGACAUGAGCAAACCCCCAACUGCUCAGCCAGAAUUCCCUUAUAGCCAGUUUGGUUAUGGACAAGACUUGAGCGGUUUUGGACAAGGUUUCUCCGACCCCAGCCAGCAGCCCCCCUCCUAUGGAGGCCCCUCGGUGCCACCAUCAAGUGGCCCACCUGCAGGAGGAAGUGGUUUUGGACGAGGACAGAACCAUAAUGUGCAAGGAUUUCACCCCUACAGACGCUAGCACAUGCAGGGAAUCCUGUCCACAGUGGGAUAUCUGGUAGCAGCUGAACCCGGGAAUCCCAGACUUCUGAACUUGUGACAAUCACAUACUUGAUGGAAGAAAAAUCUAACAACAUUGGGGGAGGGGAAUGGGAGGGGGGGAUGGCUUUUGAAGGCAACGCUGUGGGUGUUUGGACUGCAGGUUUUAAAUAUAUUCCUUUCUCUAACCCAUCAGCACAAAUAAAGAAAAUGUCACUGGUUCAAACUACAGGGUUUUAAAAAUGUCUUCAGCUUUAAUUCAAAACUUCAGGUUUCUUUUUUUGAAAUUAUUUUUCCUGAGCCUUUGUUUUACCGUAUAUUGUAAACUUUUAUGUUUAAAGAAAAAUAUAUACAUUUACAGAUUGUGAAAUUUUUAAGAGAAAUUUUCUACUAUGUAUGCUGGCUUAUUUUUUAAUUUAAAACAGGGUUUCCGUUAGCAAUGUUGGAAGUGAUGGUCCGUUUCAACCCCUUUACUUCUAACAUAAUGGUGGGGCAGUUGGUCCAGAAACUCUGGGAGUUAAAAGAAGAAAUCUACUGAGUGUAUUUUGCUUUUGUUACCUGACAGUAUAGAACUGGUAACAAUGCAGGUGCAGACUUGUUGAUGCACAGUGUCACUUAUGAAGUACAGCAUUUAGAUCUGUGCUUCAAACUCUUUAAAAUCCUCUGUGGAUUUCAUUAGGGGUUAACGGAGGCCUUGUUAAGAUGUAGAUUUCCCUCAGGCAAAAGGUUUAGGUGCAUUUUGCACUAACCAGUGAUUACCCCUGGUUUGAAUAAAGAGAAGUACAUUUGGAUUAGAAACAUAAGCCUGUCUCCAUUUUUUUUUCCUUACAAAUUUUUCCAUGUGAAUUUGGGUUCUCAUGAAAGUUGCCAGAUUGACAGCCCUGGAAAAGAAGUCCUUGUGGGUAGAGCGUCAGUGCACACUUACCCACACUUUUUGCCCUGUGCCUCAACCAGGACCUUUAGGUACUGCCUAGAAGUGAAAGCAUAAUGCACUCUUCAUGCCCUUUCAGCCCUUAAUGCAAGUGAUAUGAUUGGGCUGAUGUAGGAUUUGGACUGAGACCAUUAAAUUCAUUUCAUAGGCUACUGAAGAACCUCAGUAGCUUUAGGUCCGCACCAGCCUGAUCUGGAUUUGAACUGGUAAUCUACAGGUGAAAGACUCAAUGUACCAUUAUGAGUCUCCAAAACCCUCUUCUGUCUCUUACAUGUGCAUGACUAUAAGCAGGAAUUGAUGCAUUACGGUGCAUUAGCAUGUUAAAUCAGUGAUAUGCUUUAGUCUAGAAUUAAAGGUGGGUUAAAUUUCAAGAUUAUCAGGCUGCAAAGUAAUCUUAAGUCCUAAAUGUAAUGUGUAAACAUAUACAAGCUCUUAAUUUAAGAGGUGAGAUCAAAGUACAUAAAUGUCUAAUGGAAGAAUAUAUCCAUCUCGAAGAGGGUGGGACCAACUCCUCUGAGAUUUCGAGGUCCUUUUGAUAUAAAAGCAGUGGCAAUAUAUAUAUUGCACUGUUCUCUGGGAUAUCCUUUUAAUUUCUCAUGUGUCCUCGUACAAGUCCAG